UGAUGGGGGGGGCAACUUCAUGGAGGUCCGUAUAGAUGGUCACCAAUCCAUUCCAGUUUUCGCUUCGGUUUGCCUAAAAUCUGGUCCGCAUUUUACGGCACUCCUUCAACACACAACAUUACGGUCUCCCAAUUUACCGAGAGACUUUAUCGGUAAAAAUGUCAGCUGUGUGGGAUCAUUUCACCUUAAAAGGACGACAAAGACCAAGAGGCAGAGUGCAACAUAUGCCACAAUAAAGUCAAGCGUGGUGGUAAAGCUGUAAGAAGUUUUAAUACAACCAACCUAAUCAAGCAUUUAGCGAAAUACCACCACAAACAAUAUGAGGAGUAUGUUAAGAAAACCGAAGACAAAAAGAAAGGUCUUACACAACUAACACUGGCAGAAACUUUUGCUAUGCGUGACAAACUGGCACUCGACAGUCCCAAAGCCCAGGGAAUAACAAAGAGUCAUUGCCGAAGAAUUCAUUGUGGAUGACGAGCCAUUAUCUCUCGUGAGUAAAGACGCACCAUCCAACACUUUUAUGCUGCAUUCCAGAGAAGUGGGAAGUCGGAUUUAUCCCACUCGGAUGGUACCAGUUCCGACCUCAAAGCGUUCCAAGCAAAUGUAAACAACAAAGAUGGCUGAUCGCGACGAGGUGUUUUUUAUUUUGGCCAUCCAAAGACAACUAUGACUAUGACUAAGACUAUGGAGGACCAAAGCUGCUAAAAUUAAAAAUAAAAAUAAAAAUAAAUCAAUCAAUAAAAAGCAAAAUAAAAACGAAAAUAAAUACAAAAAUAAGAAAUAUGAUACAAAAAUUAAAUAUAAAUACAAAAAUAAAUUUGGAAAUAAGUAGCUAAUUAAAUAAAAGUAGAAAUAAAAAUGAAUAUAUGUAUACAAAAAUAAGAAAUUACAUUAAAAAUGAAAGAAUAAAUACAAAAAUAAAUGUGGAAAUAAAUACAAAAAUAAAUAUAUUGAUUGAAAUAAAUGUCAAUCAAUAAAUAAAAACGCUGUGCCAUAUAUUUACUUGUUUCAUUGUCAGUGCCAACAUUAAAGUGGAAAUGUUAUUCAAAUGAGGGGGCGGUACUACAUGUGUUGAACUAUUCACCCAUUGGUCGAUCGACAUGCCAGUUCAGUGAUCCUCUCGAUCGACGAAGUAAUGUUUGCCUUCCUGCUCCUUGCUUGCUUCCUAAAAUAAUGGGACGAGACGAGAAGGUCGGAGUCCAAGCGGCUACGGGAUGCUGGCAAUCGGUUGGAUGAGGACAAGGUUCCAUAGUUGCCAUUUUGAUGGCACAGAGCAAGACCAGGAAGCCCAAAGGUGUGAGCUUUUAAAGGGCUGCAUUUUGGAGGACGAGUCAGGAGAUGCACAUCAUCAACACAAGACACCCGAGCUGGACGAACCCGCCAUAAAUUCAAGAUUUGAGGUCGACUAUGGUAUUUCACAGCCACAGCUGGAACCUAAGCAGCACUUAGAAAGAGAAAACAUGGUCGGGUCAGCUGUUCAAGACCAAGAAUCAAACACCACUGUCAUCUCAACAGUUGAGUCUUCGGUCUAUGAGUCCACUGGUGAAGAAAAUGACAGACCUGGUGUUUUUAACUCACAAGAUGCAGUCAGUCUUUCAGAAGAUGCAUCUGAUGAAGCUCAUUCUGGGGUCCUUGACUCUGACUUGUCUCUUGCUGAAUGUGAAGAAGACACAAGUCCAUAUAAUCAUGAAGGACGUCCUCCGGUAGUUUUGGAGAACAUGUCUAACGCUCACACUGCUGGUACCGAAAUUCAAAUACACCCUUCUUCAAAGGUCCAGGGUAGUCAACACCGUGAUAGAAACAUAUCGCACUCUCUCAACAAACAAGAUGUGAAUUCUGCUGUCACCAUCGAGACACAUCCCAGUAUAAAUAACAAAGACCCAGAAGAUAUUCCGACAUUUGACGAGUGGAAACGAAAAAUUAUGGAGGUUGAGAAUGAAAAAACUCAUUCCAUUCGUACUUCUACUAAUGGAGGUUCCAAUAUGCUGAAGAAGUUGCAAAAAAACUUCAACAAUUAUGCUUCUGUUGAGUGUGGAGCAAAGAUCCUUGGUGCUAACCCAGAAGCUAAGAGCACUUCAGCGAUAUUGAAGGAGAAUAUGGAUUUGUACAUGCUAAAUCCCUGCAGUAAUAAAAUCUGGUUCAUCAUUGAGCUGUGUGAGCCCAUUCAGGUGAAGCAGUUGGAUAUUGCCAAUUUUGAACUUUUUUCUUCUACACCCAAAGACUUUCUGGUUUUAAUCAGUGACAGAUACCCAACUAACAAAUGGCUCAAAAUGGGAACUUUUCAUGCCCAAGAUGAACGCACAGUCCAGAGCUUCCCUUUGGACGAGCAGCUUUAUGCUAAAUAUGUGAAGAUGUUCACCAAGUAUAUAAAGGUUGAGCUUCUCUCUCACUUUGGCUCUGAACAUUUCUGCCCCCUCAGUGUCAUUAGAAUAUUUGGGACAAGUAUGGUGGAGGAGUAUGAAGAAAUUGUUGAGCCUUCUGAAAGACCGGAAGAUCAGGAUGAUGACUUUGAGUAUUCAUCCCCUUUGGGAACUGGUGAAGUCAAGCAUUCAACAAAUGUGAUUGGUUUGGCAAAGGAUGUCAUUUUGAACAUGGUCAAUAAUAUUGCUAUCAAUGUUCUUGGGAGUAACUCACAAAUGCAAGGAAAUAUUUCAUACCAGGAUGCAAGCGUGAACGGGACACAUGUUAAUGAAACGACUGCUCAAUCUCCACUCAUAAGUCCAAUCACUGAUUCAAAGAUGGAUGAGGUAACAUCAUCUGCAAACGCAAAAAUCACUGAAACUGAAACCCUAUCAACAACAGCAACAAUGGAUGUAUUGGAACUGUUUAGAGACAAUAAAAGUGAAAAUCACCAACCUCAAUUGAACGAACAAAUUGUUAUUACUUUACAGCCAGAUGAAGAAGAAUCUAUUCACACACCAAUCACACUGUUGGAUCAAGAGGAUGAGUUAGGUAGAGAGACAGAGAAAAUGGAUCACAAUGAACCACAAAAUGUCACUUUCCAGUCACCUAUUCCUAAAUUUUUCUCUUGUUCAUGUAAAAUCUACCUUCAGGAGUAUCUGCAGCAACAAUGUCUGCUACUGCUGUUCAGUUACAAAAGAAAAUGCCAGUACACAGAAAAAGGACAAAUGGCUCCUUCUAGCCACACUUCCAUUUGGUUCCCACCCUCGUUCCCCUCUGCUUGUCCUGAACAAAAGUAUCAUCACAGUGAGGCACAUCAGCCCUUUCAAAAAGAAAAAGCUCCUGGGGGCGAGCCAGAAAGCGAAGCACCUCAGCCCCGAGCAAACACUUUUAUCGAACCUCAUGAUGACUCUAUGUCUGAACCUUCUCCACUUGAGCCCAGUCAAACAUCAAAUCUCCCCAAACCUGCCACCACCGAUUCAUCCGUUGCAAACCCAACCUUUUAUAAGACUCUGCAGCUGUCUCCUGAGGCUUCAGCAAAGCCACUAAGCCCAAAUGAGAGCCAAGACAUGCAGAGUAUGGAGAAGCUUACAAAGGCUUCACUACCUCUCAGUAGCGCAAUCGUUGGAACGGUAACAGAUGAGGUCAAAGUGGCAGCAACAAAAGUUAAAUUGAACAUUGCAAUUAGUGCAGAUCCUGAUAUGACAGCUGAGUCCCAGAUUGCCUCUCAUGUGGAUCAGUCACUGAACCUAACAGCUUUACUCGAAAGUAUGUCUCCUUCCACUGAGCCAGCUCAUCCUGCGUCACAUACACAGAUUGAUCUUGAGCACUCAAAUGGUGCCCCAGUCAUGACAGAUCCCAAAACAGCGGACCGAACCGAAGAUGUAUUUACCCAUUUGCCGUCAACAUCCUCCUCACCGCCCCUCUCAGACAUCUACGCAGAUCCCUCAAAUGGCCUAGAGCAGACGGGUAACACGGUGCACGGUUCCAGCCAAAAAGAGUCAGUGUUCAUGCGGCUCAACAACCGCAUUAAGGCCUUGGAGAUGAAUAUGUCCCUCAGUGGGCGCUAUCUAGAACAGCUCAGCCAAAGAUAUCGUAAGCAGAUGGAGGAGAUGCAGACAGCUUUCAACAAAACCAUUAUUAAACUCCAAAACACAUCCAGAAUUGCAGAACAGCAAGACCAGCAACAGACAGAGUCCAUUCACUUGCUGCAAGGCCAGCUGCAGAAUGUGACUCUGAUGGUACUCAACCUGUCAGCUCAAGUCAGUCAGCUGCAGAAUGAGGUGUCAGACAAGCAUAACUACCUACUGCUGUGCUUGCUGCUCAUUCUGGGUUUCGGCUUGUCGCUAUUCGCUAACCGAUGCUGCAUCUCUAUCACACCUCCAUAUGCAACGCCAGAUGCAACAAACUUCUACACCCACUGCUGUCCUGAGAGGAACAUUGCCACUGGUGAUGAACGUAGUUUGAAGAGGAGUGCAUCCUACCCACAAAUACACUCCUUCCAGUUAGUGCCUCGUAAAGGUCCCGAAAGUCUUCAUUCUGAGGAGAGUCAACCUAAAAAGAAGAAAAGACGACGCAAGAUAAAAUCCAUUGAGAAAGUGGAGACUCUGACCUCUUGUGCUACUUCACUGGCAUGCGACGGAUCCCCCGUAUUGUACAGUGCGCCUGUCACAACUCACCCCGCCUCCCUGACGAGGGGGCUGCUUCUACCCUCUUUCCGUGACUCUCCAUCAGAGGGCAGCUCAGAGACAUCUUCCCAUUCAGAUGAUCCCUCCUGCGGAAUAACCCUCGCCUGCUCUCAGAUAUGUGAGCGUCUGGCCCCGCGCAAGACAUUGCAGGAGAAAAAGGCGCUGAGACGGAGGCAUCCUAAACCCACUUGUGCUGUUGUGGUCCCCAGCAAAGACAAAAGCAAUACAUUGUCCAUUUCUGCUCCACAUGACAUGAAAUCAAAUCACAGCACUGGGACUUUAGGGAUAACUAUCCCUCUCUCAGGUCCUGUGUAACACUUGUAAAUGCAAACAGAUGACAAGUGUGCACAUUUGAUUAAGGUCUUUGCAAAAGAGUGGCACUACUGUUAAUUCCUUUAGCCAUAGUUUGACAAUUCUAUCACUUGCACUGCUUCUUUGAUGGACAGUAAUUGAUAAAUAUUUUAUAUUUUUUGUGGGUCUUUCAAGAUUUCAAGUCACACUUCCCCAAUUGUUUUGUACAAAAAAAGCGACACAAACGUGAAAGGUGAGAUGGAGUGCAUUCAUUCUUGAUAUUCUGCGUUGUGUGUUAUUGUACUGAAAAACCUGCCGUUGCCAUUUGGGAGUGGUUUUAUUGUCUUGCAGCCAUCUGAUGAAAAUAAAAAAUAGAGCACAGUGACUUUUCCAGCUUUAGCCCUCAUGCACACCUCUCUUCAGCAGCCUUGACAACUACAAAAAUAUAUUUUCAUUUUACCGUGCACAACUUUAUUACAAACAAAAAACAGGUAAUCACGAUGGACCCGACUUGUGCGAUUUCGACUCCUGCAUCUUUUUUUUUUUUUUCUUUUUAUAAUGUUGACUUUUGUGAUGCAUGCUUUUAUUUUGCCGCAGAAAACGAACGCAUGUACAGAUGCACCUGCCCACCCCACACACACACGCACACACAGAGCAGCCGAGUGGUAGAGGUGACACCCUGCAUGCACAUUUGUUGCUUGUGAAGCAUGCAGAGGUGUCGGCUGUAUAUAACCCCUUUUGUACUGUUUGUGUGUUUUUAACUGUCGCGGAAUACUUGAGGCGAGUUUAUGUGAUUGUUUUUGAUGAUGUGCAGACGCUAACUGAUAUAUGCUAAUUUUUGUUUGUUAUUGCUCUAUUUUAUUUUAGUUUCAUUCUGCAAGUGUUGAUGUCAUUAGCAGCUGAAUACGGAUGUCUGACAUCGUCAUUUCGGAGCUUAGCUCACUGUCUAGCUUGGAGUUAGCGCCAACAUCUUGGCGAGGACAGUACAAUGACGUAUAAUACGUGUUUUUGGAUAGUUUAUUUUGAGGGUGUUUUGAGGUACAGUUGUGGUCAAAAGUUUACAUACACUUGUGAAGAACAUAAUGUCAUGGCUCUCUUGAGUUUCCAGUUAUUUCUACAACUCUGAUUUUUCUCUGAUAGAGUGAUUGGAACAGAUACUUCUUUGUCACAAAAAAACAUUCAUGAAGUUUGGUUCUUUUAUGGCUUUAUUAUGGGUGAAUAGAAAAAAGGGAUUUUAUUAUGGGUGAAUAGAAAAAAGGGAUCAAAUCUGCUGGGUCAAAAAAAUACAUACAGCAGCGCUAAUAUUUGGUAACAUGUCCCUUGGCCAUUUUCACUUCAAUUAGGCGCUUUUGGUAGCCAUCCACAAACUUCUGGCAGGCUUCUGGUUGAAUCUUUGACCACUCCUCUUGACAGAAUUGGUGCAGUUCAGUUAAAUUUGAUGGCUUUCUGACAUAGACUUGUUUCUUCAGCAUUGUCAACAAGUUCUCAAUGGGGUUUAAGUCAGGACUUUGGGAAGGCCAUUCGAAAACCUUAAAUCUAGCCUGAUUUAGCCAUUCCAUUACCACUUUUGAUGUGUGUUUAGGGUCAUUGUCCUGUUGGAACACCCAACUGCGCCCAAGACCCAAUCUUCAGGCUGAUGACUUUAGGUUAUCUUGAAGAAUUUGAAGGUAAUCCUCCUUCUUCAUUAUCCCAUUUUACUCUCUGUAAAGCACCAGUUCCAUUGGUAGCAAAACAGCCCCACAGCAUAAUACUACCACCCCCGUGCUUGACGGUAGGCAUGGCGUACUUGGGGUUAAAGGCCUCAACUUUUCUCCUCCAAACAUAUUGCUGGACAUUGUGGCCAAACAGCUCGAUUUUUGUUUCGUCUGACACAGAACUUUCCUCCAGAAGGUCUUAUCUUUGUCCAUGUGAUCAGCAGCAAACUUCAGUCGAGCCUUAAGGUGCCACUUUUGGAGCAAGGGCUUCCUUCUUGCACGGCAGCCUCUCAGUCCAUGGAGAUGCAAAACAUGCUUGACUGUGGACACUGACACCUGUGUUCCAGCAGCUUCUAAUUCUUGGCAGAUCUGCUUUUUGGUACUUCUUGGUUGAAUCUUCACCCUCCUGACCAAUUUUCUCUCAGCAGCAGGUGAUAGCUUGCGUUUUCUUCCUGAUUGUGGCAGUGACAAAACAGUGCCAUGCACUUUAUACUUACAAACAAUUGUUUGCACUGUUGCUCUUGGGACCUGCAUCUGCUUUGAAAUGGCUCCAAGUGAGUUUCCUGACUUGUUCAAGUCAAUGAUUUGCUUUUUCAGAUCCAUGCUGAGCUCCUUUGACAUUCCCAUUGUAGCAUUUGUGGGCAUUUGCAUCCAAUGAGCCCUAUUUAAAUGGCCCCAGAGAAGUCAAAAUUGCUAAUUCGUGUUGCUGUAUGUAUAUUUUUGACCCAGCAGAUUUGAUCACUUUUUCUGUUAACCCAUAAUAAAGUCAUAAAAGAACCAAACUUCAUGAAUGUUUUUUUGUGACAAAGAAGUAUCUGUUCCAAUCACUCUAUCGGA